AUGAAGCCGCAACUCCUCCCGCUCUUCGCCAGCCUUCUCCUGGUGGCCCCUCUCUUCCCAGGACUGUCCAGAGCCCUGGACGUCAACCGCUUGGGCACCGAGGCUCCCCGAAGAUUCGAGGAAGGAUCUCUCGGGCAAGGAACGAACGGGUCUCAUGUGCUACACCACCAAGCGAAACGCGAGUUCUUACCACCGCGCACGCCCCCUUAUAAAG